AUGGAGGGGUGGACGGGUAUCAAGUCGUGCCAGAGACUCUGCCGUCCUUUUAUGGAAAGAGUACCCAAGAUCAGAGGAGCUCAGAGGAGCGCAGGGGAAGGGCCGCUCCAGAAAGGGUGGGUGGAGAGAGCUCGAAAGAAAGAACGAGGCGAGAGGGAGGCAGCAGGACGUGGCAGCCGAGAGCGAGGCGGCGAUGCUCACUCAAGUUGGUCAACAAUGGGACAAUGGGACCGUAAACACAAGCAACGUGAAUGGAUGUAUCGGUGCACUCAAUCAGGUGGGAGGAAAUACGACAAGCUUGCUGCACGACAAUCCGGGCGGUAA